GUCGCUUCACGUCGCUCGGGCUAGCUGGUACUGCUCUGGCGGAGGUGCCGCGGGGAGUAACGUCGAGGCGAAGGGAGCGGGGUCCGCCGCUACAGAAAGUUGGGAGCCGGCGUUUGACGUCGUUGUCUGUCGAUGACUUUCUUAUCCUUGUCCGAAAGACCUCGUGGACAAGAGUUUCCCGGAGCGAUAGUGGUUGUGGGAAUAUAACUCUUAUCUGGAGAACCAGCCGGACUGCGCUUUCUUGGAAGUUGUCGAGUUGGCAAAGAUGUUUCAGAUAAAGAGGAUCUGCUGCAUCGGGGCAGGGUAUGUGGGAGGUCCGACAUGCAGUGUGAUCGCUCAAAUGUGUCCGGAGGUCACAGUGACUGUUGUGGAUGUCAACGAGUCAAGAAUCAAAGCUUGGAACUCAGAUACUCUGCCCAUAUACGAGCCUGGUCUGAGAGAAGUGGUUGAGUCAUGCAGGGGGCGGAAUCUGUUUUUCUCCACGGACAUAGACUCUGCCAUUAGGGAGGCUGACCUCGUCUUUAUCUCUGUAAAUACCCCUACUAAGACUUAUGGCAUGGGGAAGGGCCGUGCAGCUGACCUCAAGUUUAUCGAGGCGUGUGCCCGACGGAUUGUAGAGGUGUCUGAUGGUUACAAGAUUGUCACAGAGAAGAGCACCGUCCCAGUACGAGCAGCAGAGAGCAUCAGACGGAUAUUUGAUGCCAACACCAAACCCAGCCUUGACCUACAGGUGCUGUCCAACCCAGAGUUCCUUGCGGAGGGAACGGCAGUACAGGAUCUGAAGGAGCCAGAUCGUGUCCUGAUUGGUGGAGACGAGACAGCUGAAGGUCAAAGGGCAAUCAGGGCAUUAUGUGCCGUCUAUGAACACUGGGUCCCUAAGGCACGCAUAAUAACAACCAACACAUGGUCAUCCGAGCUCUCCAAACUAGCAGCCAAUGCAUUCCUGGCCCAGCGAAUCAGCAGCAUCAACAGCAUCAGUGCUCUGUGUGAGGCCACAGGGGCAGAUGUAGAGGAGGUUGCUAAGGCUAUUGGGAUGGACCAGAGAAUAGGCAGCAAGUUCCUCAAAGCCAGCAUAGGUUUUGGUGGCAGUUGUUUCCAGAAGGAUGUGUUAAAUCUGGUGUACCUGUGUGAGGCUCUCAACCUCCCAGAAGUGGCCUCCUACUGGCAGCAGGUGAUAGAUAUGAAUGAGUAUCAGAGGAGGAGGUUUGCCUGCAGGAUUAUUGACUGUCUCUUCAACACUGUCACUGGCAAAAAAAUUGCUCUGCUGGGCUUCUCCUUCAAGAAAGACACAGGGGACACCAGGGAGUCCUCUAGUAUCUACAUCUCUAAGUAUCUGAUGGAUGAGGGGGCCAAGCUUUACAUCUAUGACCCCAAGGUUCUUAAGGAACAAAUCAUCCAUGACCUCUCCCAGCCCAACAUCUCAGAGGACAACCCCCAAAGAGUGUCAGAGCUGGUGACAGUUACUAAUGAUCCUUAUGAGGCCUGCCAAAGUGCACAUGCAUUGGUCAUCUGCACCGAAUGGGACAUGUUUAAGGAGCUGGAUUAUGAAAAGAUUUAUAAGAAGAUGCUGAAGCCAGCGUUUAUCUUUGAUGGUCGGCGAGUGUUAGACCAUCUGCACCCUCUUCUGCAGAGCAUCGGCUUCCAGAUUGAGACCAUCGGUAAAAAAGUGACAUCAACACGAAUCCCCUACACUCCUUCAGCUGUAUGCCCUCGAAUCAUCAGCGAACCUCCCAUCAAGAAAGCCAAAGUCUGAAACCAACUCCAGCCCCUCCUUUCUCACACACACGCACACAAACAUUCCAUUCCCACCCUUUCCACAGCUGGUGUAAACCAUUUCAGUUAAGACUCUAAACCUUGCCUUGUUGGCACAUGCUUUAUGACCACAAGUGGUCAUUCAGCUAGUUUCACACUUACCUCGGGUUAAAAUGUCAGUUGGGUAGGAGGAGAGGUUUUGAGGCAGAAGGUUAAGAUGUUAAGUGUGAACACGGUUGAGGUGUUGAGUCUCCAGUGAGGAACAACAUUCCAGGCACGUUGUGCAGUCUUGCAUUACAUAUGUCAUGCCUUUGGGGUUUGUUGAUCUAACAUUUCAAAUGCAGCAGUUGCACAUGGAAAUUGCCCAUUGUGGACAGUUUUAAGAGCGGUAUCUGAUGAUUUGUUGAGGAACAUCUCAUUUCAUAUAAUGUAUUAACUCUGUAGUCAAGUAUUGUCAAAUCAAUUGUCAAAUUUUAUACAUUUUUAAAAGUAUUUUUAUAAACCAUCUCCUACUGUACGUCAGUCAUGUUAUAUGUGUGAUGUCAAGUGUGUCUGAUUGUUUACCAAAUGGGCCCAUGCAAUAAAAAAAUGUUCUA